GCGCCACAGACAAAUCCCCGGCAAUGGGUCAGGGGCAGAUGGUAUCAUGGCCUAAGUGCAAGAUGUGCAUCCUGGCAACCAUAAACAACGUUACUCUGUCAGUUUGUGUGUGAAGAUAGGCUCUUCUUUCAUGCAAGUGUUGGAAUGUGAUCAGAUGUUGAUUGGCUGUUGAGCUCGUGCCAAUGGAAGUCCCUGGGUUUGCCGAUACAGGCGGCUUAGGGAGCUUAGUGGCUGCGCUGCUGACCUUGGGCAACCUCAACCUCAGAACAAGCUCAUCAUAUCCGCAUAAUUCCCAUCACCUCCCUAUCGCGCAUAGGGUAUUCGCAGUCAUCAACAUGAUGACGAAAGAGACGUUGCGGGAAGCAUUCAUCGCGGUGGCAAGACCGCUGAAACUCAAACUUCCCUCUCCAAAAUCAGUCUUGCGUUUUGCGUCACUAGGAACAUCCCAAAUUCCACUCUGGAAUAACCAGCCCGUUCAGCAAGAGUCAGAAGUGGCUGAAUUCUUUUCUUGUCCAAGUCCGCAGCUGAGCUGCAAAGUUGAGUUCAAUUCGCAGGAUAGGUGUUGCUUCAAUUAUCCGGGUGGGCAACUUUUACAGACGCAGUUCUGGGAUGCCGAUCCACCCACGGGGCCGGAGGAAGGCUGGACAAUCCAUGGGUUAUGGCCUGACCAUUGCGAUGGGAGCUACGAUCAAUACUGCGACUCCAAUCGCCGCUUUCAGAAUAUAUCCUCCAUUAUAGAGGAAAGUGGUCAGCUGGAGCUAUUGGACUUGAUGAGGAUGCACUGGAAGGAUUUUCGCGGUGAUGAUGAGGACCUAUGGGAACAUGAGUGGAAUAAACACGGGACUUGCAUUAGUACUCUGGAACCUCGAUGUUACCCGAAUUACGUUCCCCAGCAGGAGGUCGUGACUUACUUUCAGAAAACAGUUGAUUUGUUUCUCGGAUUGCCUUCUUAUGAGAUUCUUUCCGUCGCUGGGAUCGUGCCAUCAGAUACACAAACUUACGACCUUGAUGCUGUUGAGUAUGCAUUAAAAAAGGCACAUGGCCACAAUGUGGUAGUUAGGUGUCGGAACGGUGCGCUCAACGAGAUAUGGUAUCAUUUCAACGUUGCAGGACCACUUGAGUCGGGCAAAUUUGUCCCAGCAAUUCCAGUCGGUGGACCAUCCAACUGCCCUCGAAAUGGAAUUCGCUACAAGCCCAAGAAUUCGUCACCUCGAAAGCCAUCUAGUACAAGGACACUCCCGAAGCCAACCGAAACUCCUCCAACGGGAACCCCGUUUGUCGGCAAGGGAAACCUAAUGGUGCAAUACUCAGGAAGGCAGCACGGUUGUAUCAUCAGCCGUGGAAGUUGGUUUGCUGCUGGGACAUGCGCGACGUUCCGCGCCUUCCCAUACACUGAAGAUGACCUCUACCUCAAAUCAAGCAAAGGCCUCUGCGGUUUUGAUGACGACGAUAACUUUAUUUGCGGCGCAGAUAUCGACGAACCAACGGCAUUUACAGCGAUUGGCGAAAAAUUAUCCCUCAACGAACAAACUGUAUUUUACUCAGAUGCCGUCCCGAGACGCCGAGGCCAGAGCAUAAUAUACGAAUCUUCACGUGGACAUCCAUUAUCGUUGGAAAUUCACUGGCGCGGCGUUUAAGCCGUCAUUUACUUCUGCCAGCCCCGUUUCGUUUAAUGCUAGGCGAUUUUGCUGCGGCGUUUUACAGAUAAGCCAUCCAUGAUGGCUUACCUUUUUUCCUACAGCGUUUGUGUUUUACAUGUCGCCAGGUAGGAACGGCGUUUCGGUGCCUUCAGUGUGUUGGCUCUAUAGAGAUAAUCGAUAUAGAUUAGAAUAAGUUAGUUAACCUAGUUAACGUAAUUUUAUAUUAGGUAAUAUAUGGGAGCGCUUGAUUUUAUUGUUGUGGCUAUCUUCUCAUUUUUAUUUAGCUUGAUGCACCUUUGCUACAAGAUAUGAAUUUGUGCGAAUUCUUCUUCCAACAUGGAUAAUUAGGCCUUUAGUAGCCAGAUGCUGGAGUACAGAUGAUGACACUGUCAUGCACAAAUCAAAACAUUAAAAGAAAAACAGAGCUGAAUUGAACAAAAAACACCAAUAAAUGAAAAUUAAAACCACCAAGUUGAACAUCAUCCGAAAAAGGGGAAAUUUUCUUU